UUUUUUUCGCCUUGUAGCAUGCUUCGCUCUCACUCGCACGAGCCUGGAACAGAGAGAGAAACGUAUGGUAUAUAAACAGAAGUGAUGAGAGGAAAAUUGUCAUUUACAUCUGAGUCUACUUUGAGUGCACUUCACGAUGAGUUCUCCAUCAACAUCUUCUCCAUCAUACGUGCUGCCAGAUAGCCCACCAGCACACCAGCGCGUGCUCAACUACUAGCAGCGGAAAGCUGCCAUCGCUGCUGCUGCUGCUGAGUCGUCCGCUGCUGCUGCACCUGCUCCACUCAACAUGGAACUACCAUCACCGGGCGGCGAGAUCGUGCUGGGGGACAGUCCUAUUCAACGCUUGGCUCCAGCUGCUACCUGGGCACAGCGGCGAGCGGUGCUAACUACUCUACCGAACAACAGGCAGAAGCAGGGGAAGCGGAAGUUGAUGUUUGAGGAGGAGGCUGAAGUUAGCGGGGAUGAGGACGAGUCAAUCUUCUCACAAACAAAGAAACAUGCUGGAAUGGACGAGAACUCAUCCAUGGUCCCACUGAUGAAGGAACUGCGGCGAGGGGAGGAGGAUGAGAUGGAGUUCGUGAGAAUCGUUAAUGCACCAAUGGCUAAACCAUGGACUCCUCUCCGCGAGCUGGCGGAAGAUGUGCCGCACAGCAUCAUCUCGGCUUGAGAGGAGACAAACCACCAUGGCAGGCGCAUAAUAUUAAAAAUAAACAUUUCAUCCACAAAGAAAAUCUCUGAGGUAUAUCUACCUCAGAGACUUUCUUCCAUAAUUUCUCCUGCUCAAGUUGUAAAAUUUAAUAGUAAUUGUAAGAAUUUAGGAAUAGUGGUGAAGCAUGUCACCGCUACAUGGACUGACGUUAAGAUUGUUAAAAUUUAACAAUCUUAUUCUCAUACCAUGUUGUGGUGACAAGCUUUACAAGUAGUAGUAGUAUAUUAUAAUGUAGUGAU